AUGGGCCAGGCACACUCGGACGAGCAUCCGCGCCAGCGCUCCCGCGAGCAGCUGGCGCAGGAGCUUGCACUCAGGUUCAAGGACAAGUGCUUCACGUCCCUCGAGUACUACUCCCUCAAGGAUGUCUUCAAGAGCCUCGCGGACCACCAGGGCGAGGUCCGCUACCUCAAGGAGGAGACCGUCGCGCGCUUCCUCGAGAUCCCGGACAUCCUCGGCGCGUCACCCGUCGUCUUUCAGAUGAUCUCGUAUCUCGGCGCCUUCCCCUUCCUCCAGGAAGCACCCGUCGUUCUGGAGCUGCCGCAGUUGAUCAUGGUUGUCGUCAUCAUGACGGAGCGGUACAAGCGCGUGCUCGCCAAGGCGUCGACUGACCGUACCAAACUCUUGUUCAAGAGCUUGGCAGUGUACGACCGCAAGCUGUCCGAGGCGGGGCCCGCGACGCAAGCCAUCACACCCGAAGAUGCAAAGCCGACAGGCUCGGCGCAUGCUUCCGGGUUUGCCGUGGACGUUCCGGGGGAAGACCCGGACAAUAUCGAAGAGGACGACGACGACCUGGUGCUGACGGCUUACGAACUCCUGGAUGUCUCCGAGGCAGUCAAGCAAGGGAGCGCGCCCGAGUUCCAUGGCGCAUUGAUUCCUACCGACAAUUUUCGCAAGCUGGUUAUGCUGCUGCUACUCGCCGCCCCUCUUGAUCCGCAGGAGAGCCUCUCUCAAUACUCGGCCCGCGUUGCGGGAAACGAACUGGACAGCUUGCGGGCUGUAGCAGAGAGCAUCCUGGCCGCCUUUGUCGAUGCCGAGACCGCCCCUGGCAUUCGUUAUCGCCACUUCAAGACCAUAGUCCCUGUGCUCUUUCCCAAUCUUUUCAACGGAUUUAAUGGCUUGUUCGAACACUUUCUCUUUUCCAAAAAUCUCGACUUUUCGAAGCACGUCGACGACUCCAAGGCCGCUCCCGCCGAACCCCCAAAGAUCGCCCAGCCGCUGUUGUCGGACAAGGGCGACAUCCUCAACGAUCACCUGCUGUCGCAAAUUUCAAUGUUCCUGCCUGGUUCUUCGCUUUUCCGAAGGGUGCGUCGUCUUUACUCUGGAAAUGAUGCAGGCUUCUCCAUGGGUGGCUUCCAGUCCAAAGUCUUCAACUGGAGGGCGCCGACGAUCCUGCUGGUGAGCGGCACCCGCCUCAGCGACGUACCAGAAGGUGGGCAGGAGGUGGCAUUCGCCGAAUCGCUCCCGCCAAAGCGAUUCCCCCAUGGCUGUAAAUCUGAGCGCGUCACAUUCGGCGUCUAUGUGCGUGAGCCUUGGAAGCAAACGCACAAGGAGUGCUUCGGCGACUCGGAGACCGUCUUGUUUCAGCUGGAGCCCGUUCACGAUGUCUUCCCAGCCUCGACGCUCAACACAGACUAUGUUGCCUUCACCCAACCGCCGGGCAACAAGGCCGGGGUGUCCUUUGGCUGUCCGCACCCAAAGCCAACCAAAUCCAGCCGCAGGCAAGAAAUGCAUUCCCUGGGCGCAGUUUCUUUACUUUUCCACGAUUCGUUCGAGUUUGGCGUCUUCAACCACGACUACAGCUCCCGUGGAGGCGCAUUCCAUACGAGCAUGGUGCGAAAGUUCGAUUUCCAGGAUCGUUUUCAGAUCGAGCAGCUCGAGGUUUGGGGAUGCGGCGGAGACGACGAGGCCAAGGCGCAGGCCGAGAGAUGGGCAUGGGAGGCGAGGGAGGCGGAGGCGCGGCGCAAGAUCAAUCUAGGCACGGGUGAUAUAGAAGCGGACCGGGCGUUGUUGGAAAUGGCCGGCAUCAUCGGUGGGAACCGCAGCGGCGGCUCAAUGGGGUGA